AUGGAUUUUGGAAGCGUUGCAGAGAACAAGAACGUGCAGCUGCAGGAUAGGAAUGAGAGGCUGUAUGGGCUCGGAGACCUGCAGGAGAGGAUGGAGAAGUUGGCCGGCUCCAAAACAGAUCUGUCAGCCAGAAUGGUCCUCAGUGAAGAGGAGAAGCUGAAGAUUUCCAAAGACCUCGUUGAUCUCCAGAUUGAGACAAACAAAAUGAAGGAGCAGUAUGAGACAGAGAACUUUGAACUGAAAAAUAUGAUACUGGCCCUGGAGAACCGUGUGCUGGAGCUGGAGCUCCGCAGUGAGAAAGUCACCAGGGAGCGGGAUGCCUUACGGGAACGCCUGCACGCUCUGGAGACCAGUCGGAAGGAGCUGGCGGAUGAGUACAUCAUUUUGAAAAGCAAUUACCUGGCCCUAGGCAAAGAACUGGAGCAGGAGGUUGUGAAGACUGAGGAGCUCAGCCUAGAGCUGCUCAACCUGGCCAAUGCGAGCGGUGGUGCGCUGUCUCUCCACUCGGAAGGUGAAGGUAAGGACCUCUCUGCCCGGUUACCGGCUCCUUGGAGAGCAGGGAUCUAACAGGCGCCUUCUUCUGUCUCUUACCAAAACCAGCCAGAAGAUGUAGUUGCCUCUGAACACGAGCGGCAAAAGCUGGAGAGAAAUUUGCUUGGAAACCAGGAUCACCUAAAAAUGGAGCUUGAAAAACUGAAGAAAACCUACGACUCGCAGCAGCAGAAGCUGGAAGAGAGAGUGGUCGCGAUGGGGAAGGAGCUGCAGGAGGCGAAGGGCGCGAUUGGGGACACCCAGCACAAGCUGGUGCAGCAGUCAGCGGUGCUGCUCACCUCCCAGAGCCAGCUCCAAGAGGUGGAGGCAGAGAACUCCCGGCUGCAGCUCCGGCUGAAGGAGCUGAAUGAGGAAUAUCGCUCCCGGCUCACCCAGUACAUCAAGGAUGUGGCGGACUACAUGGACAGCAAAUCCAGCAACUUAACAGAGUCUAGCAAAGCCCCAGCUGAUUGUGCUCACAUGAAGCGCUUUGUGGACAGCAUGCUGAAGGAUAUCAGGGCUUCCUACAAGUCUCGGGAAGAGCAGCUAGCUGGAGCGGCACGUGGCUACAAGAAACGCAUGAAGAACUUGGUCAAGAAGCAUGAGAACCUGCUGAUUGCUUACGGGCUCCAGCGAGAGCAGAUCCGGUCCUUGGGCAGCAGUGAUGCAGAUUGUGGCCCUGCCGAGCUCCACUUUUCCAUCACAGACCCAGAGCUGCUGACAAACACAACCCGGGAGCUAAACCGGCUGCGAGAGGGCAAAGCAAAACUGGAGACGCAGCUAUGUGAAUUGCAGGUGGUGGUGGCUGGGCUGCUGGCUUUCUGUGGGGGUGAAACUGGGGGGCAGCAGCUGGAUAAGGAGGGCUGGGCAGAGGUCAGGAAGCAGCUCCGGGAGUUCACACGCACCACCCAGGAGGAUUUGGAGCAGGAGAGGAGCCAGCUGCUGACUCGGGCAAUCGUGGCAGAAGAGCAGGUGUCGGAGCUGCAGGAAUACAUAGAUAAGCAUCUUGCGAGGUACAAGCAGGAGAUCCUCCAGCUGAGGAAGCUCGCCGGCAGCGAGGUGCUGCGUGCACCCAGCGCUGGGGCGGCCGAUACUCUCUCGCUGCCCAGAGCCAGAAGGACAGUCAGCCACCAACCGUAG